AGUGCCCACCUCCUUUUUAUUGAGCGCCUGUCAUCAGAGCUGUCGCUGAACAUCUCACACCUCCACGGUCACACUGAAUAUGCCGGGACUGCUGCUCGGAGAUGUGUUUCCUGAUUACGAAGUGGAGACCACCAAUGGCAACAUUAAACUGCACGAAUUUAUCGGUGAUUCAUGGGGAAUCCUGUUCUCCCACCCCAGAGAUUACACCCCGGUGUGCACCACAGAGCUGGGACGAGCUGCCAGACUGAGCAGUGAGUUCAUUAAACGCAACGUCAAAAUGAUCGCCCUGUCCAUUGACAGCCUGGAGGAUCACCACGGCUGGACCAAGGACAUCCUGGCAUACAACUGUGAGGAGUCUGCUUGCUGCUCGCUGCCCUUUCCCAUCAUAGCGGACAGUAAACGGGAGCUGGCAGUGGCCCUCGGCAUGCUGGACCCAGAUGAGAAGGACAAAGAUGGCCUGCCGCUCACUGCCCGUUGUGUGUUUAUCAUCGGCCCUGACAAAAAGCUCAAACUGUCACUCCUCUACCCGGCCACCACCGGACGCAACUUUGAUGAGAUUUUGCGCGUGGUGGACUCCCUCCAGUUAACAGCAGGGAAACGACUGGCCACACCUGUCGACUGGAGGCCCGGAGACUGUGUGAUGGUCCCUCCCAGCAUGUCGGAGGAGGACGCGGCCUCUUUGUUCCCGGCUGGCGUCUACUCCAAAGACCUGCCCUCUGGCAAGAAGUACCUGCGCUACACACCGCAGCAAUAGGCACGGGCAGAGACAGCACUGACUCUCAACACUCACUUGUGUUGCACUCAAUCCUGCAGCUCUCGCUCUUGGGCCUUAAAGAUUUACAGUACCGUAAUUUUUCGCCCCGAACAGGUAAAUAAACAAGUCAGCCGCCAUCCCAGUUAAGCAAAAUGGAAUAACAACCAAUGUCUUCGGGAAUAUGUCGGACUUUUCUAAAUUAGAGGUUUUACGGCAUCUACAACUCCAAUAAUAGAAGCUUUAAUGUUCGGCUUACUUUUGAAAAAGGGCAUUCUUUUUGGAAAGAGAUGGAAUUUAAUAUUUAAAGAUACAUUAAACUGUUUAUUAUUAACAGUAUGGCAAAGCUGCUUCUAUUUUGUAACAGUGAUACUAUCAGGAUUAAAAUAUGUUGGAUCAUA